CGGGCAGGUGGCUUCAUGCCAUUUGCCUAUCCUGGUAUGACGCCGCCAAUUAUGCCACCUCCGGUGUUGACCCCGUCAACAUUUGUCCCUAGGAUGGUCCCUGUACAUCCGGUGAACCUGACGGGGACCAUGAAUGAAGCAGCACCCUCAAAUGUCCAUGAGGUCGAUGAGGCGGAGCAAGAGGCGGCCCGCAGGAAGAAGGGUAAGGCUAUAGCCGAACCCAGCAAGACUCGAGAUUCGGCAUUCAAACGCCUAGGGGGCAAAGAGGAUGGACCCCGCAAGUCUGCCAAGCUACGUCUUGGUCCUGAGAUGGGCCGGACUAGCGCAAUGGAAAGACUUGGCGGGGGUCGUCACGCCCAAUCUCGCCGUUCUAGGGAAUCUGAGACGAUUCACCAAGACGAGGAAGAAGCAGAAAGCCAGCCGAGGGCGUCGGCAUAUACCAGGCUCUCAUACGAUGAGGAUGACUUGGACAAGAUAGGGAGCGUAGCAAGAAAAUUACGUGCCCUGGAAGAAAAGGUGGAGGAGAAGGCGGGAGCGAAAAAACACACCUUGGCUAAAUCUCCCUUUUCGGCGAGGGUACAUGCGCAAAAAUUGAGGCGUAAGGUCAAGCUGGACGUGGAAAAAUUCACUGGAAAGGAGGAUCCAAACGUCCACCUUGACACCUUCCACAAUGCAGCACAGAUGGCCGGGUGCACUGAUGCUGAGGAGUGCUUGCUCUUCUUCUCAUCCUUGAGAGGGAGGCCUGUGGAAUGGUUUAACGGCCUUCCCCAUGGCAAGAUUGGGUCCUUUGAGAAAAUUGCUGAAGUUUUCCGCAAGAAGUACCAGGACAACUGCAUCAAGAGAAAGAAGUUUACCUACCUUAACACGGCUGUGCUCAAGGAGAUGGCCUUGAAAGGAGAACUUGGGGAAGGUUACGCGACGGGUAAUAAGAAAGACCCGAAAGCGAACACCUGGACCCGUCAUCAGGGAAAAGACCAGGGAAGGAGAAAAUCCGGGAAGGAUAACAACAAUCCGGAUAAAGAAUUUAUACAGAUGAUUGUCGGCAGCCCGGAAGGCGGGGAUACUGCCUCCCAGCGGAAGAACUGGGCCAGGAGCUUGCACGUGGUGGUGGUUUCCUUGGAGUCACAUGGGAAGCAGGCAAGGAGGGAACCUAUCACUUUCACUGAUAGGGAUCUGCCCAGGACGGGGGGAGAUCAUAAUGACCCUUUGGUCAUUACAAUGGACAUCAACGGGGCUGAUGUGGCUAGGGUCCUGGUUGACACAGGAAGCAGUGUCAACGUUCUAUACUUGGAUGCUUUCAAGAAAUUGAAGCUGGAUAGGUCCAUGUUGAGACCGUUGCAAACUCCAUUGUCAGGCUUCACUGGAGCUAGCAUAGAAGCGGAAGGUCAGAUCACCUUACCAGUUACCUUGGGGUCGGGUAACAGGACAGUGACCAAACAAAUGAGAUUUGUUGUGGUCGACAUCAAGUGUGUGCAUAAUGCCAUUCUGGGGUUCACCAAAUACUUGGAGGACUUCGGGAUUACUCACAACAAGGCUUCCGUGGCCUACCCGCAAGGGAAUGGUCAAGUGGAGAAUGCGAACCGCACAAUAGUCGACGGGAUUAAAAAGCGGUUGGGUGAGGCAGGAACAAAUUGGCUAGAGGAGUUGCCACAUAUCAUCUGGGCUUACCGAGUUACUUCGAGAAGGGCCACCGGGGAGACACCUUUCGUCCUUACUUAUGGAUGUGAGGCCAGACUACCCAUUGAAGCAAAGAUAAUGACCUUCCGGGAAAAGAUCUAUGAGGAGAAAGGGAAUGAAGAGGACCAUUUGGCAGAGUUGAACUUGUUGGAGGAAAGGCGGAUGGUCGCUGAGGCUAAAAUGAUAGAAUACCAGCAAGCAGCCAAGGCCUAGCAUGAUAACAGGGUAGGGCCUCGUUAUUUCCAAGUCGGUGAUGAGGUCUUGAGACGAAGGGAGGCCAGCAAACCGAGUGAUGGUGGAAAGCUUGCGAAGAAAUGGGAAGGUCCAUA